AAAAUGGCCAGGGAAAGGGAAAACAAACACUUGUAGUUCCAGAUAACUGUAUUUCUUUUUCAGAAGGGGUUUACUGAGCGUUUUCAUUGGACUUAUAUUAACAGCAUACUGGAUUCUUGGGACCACUAGGAUCCAUUACAAUAGCCCACGGUGGUGCGUCCGUUUAUUGCGGUAACACGUGGUUCCUCGGCGUUGGGGGAGGGGGUUCUCACAGGGGCGCCAUUAUAAGUGGAGCACAACAAUGAAUUCAUACUGUUUAAAUUCAAGGCUACAUAAGGAGGGAUACAAUAAAGUGCAAGUCACUAUUGUGUAAAUUCGGAUAUUCGUCUCAAACGUGUAGUGGUUAUUCAUUUGAUAGCUUCAUCAUUUUAAAUUUAAGGGAUUCCGUGUUCCGAAACACGGCAUUUUCCCGAAAUUGAAUACACUGUCACGUCGUUUAAAAUGUGUUUAGGUUUCUUAGAGUACAUAAAUGAUUAGCCGAUAAUAAUCCACGAGGACACUACACAUUGCCCUUAUUUGCCAGUGGACGAUUUAAUGAAUGCUGGCUUUCUACCUUAUUUUUGUUUUAUUGAACAAGGAUUAGAAAGUACAGAAAAAUAAGGUUGAAACAGGCCCGCAUUGCUAUGCUGUAAUAAAAUAAGUAAAUACAAAGGACAAAAAUAAAGGUUUACGUAGUUUACAGUACCGACUAAAAGGUUUACGUAGUUUACAGUGGUAGAAUAUUGAACAGUCCCGAGUCGCCUGCUGCUACACUGUGCCUACACUUCAGCUACAUCAUUCCGUGUUAAUACAACAAAAAUAAAAUGCAACAUAAAGAUUUAGGGGUCAAGCUACUAAAAACAAACCGUUUGUGUACUGGUAACAUAUAAUGAGCAGGAUGACAGGUUCACACAGCGAAGCGGUAAGGAAAGGGUCCCGGCCUCUCCCUCGGCUACGCAAAGGCGUUGCGCGUAGCGGGCGGGACCUGCGCGGCGGUCGCAUUGUUGCUGCGUGACAUAGGAGCGUGGAGCUGCCGUGGGUCUGUCGCCGGAGGUCGAGCGCGUCGCGAGGCCGAUGCUUGGUUUCUGCGCGCGGUAGUAGGAGCAGAGGGUCACACCGGGCUCCGGAAGCCGCGCGCUCAUCCUGGAUACCGCCUCCUGAGCCUCGCGCGCCGCCGUCGGGUGAGAAGCGCGAGAGAAGCCGCCGCCAGUCAGUGGGCCUCACCGCUAUCGGCUGGACCCUCUCUGUCAACACGGCCGCGGUUAGCGGCGUAGCAGUUCGGCGUCGUCAGGUUUUACCACUGAUCGCGAUGAAGAGGAAAGGGCGGCAGCAGCGAGGGCCGACGCAGCCGCCGCGGCCCGCCUCGCCCAUCCGGCCCUCGCCCAACCGCGAGACCCUGACGUAUGCGCAGGCGCAGCGCAUGGUGGAGCUGGAGAUGGAGGGCCGCGUGCACCGCAUCAGCAUCUACGACAGGCUGGAGGUCAUCUCGGAGGAUGACCCCACAGCCCAGGAGAUCAUUGAGUGCAACAGUAAUAAGGAGAACAGUGAGAAGCCGCUGCAGGCGGUGGUGCGCUCUGCACGUCUUAAGAGCAACCAGCAGAAGAGGAACACGGCCCUGGCCAGUGUGCCGGCUCCACAGGCCCCAGGGGGCACGUUGCCCGAGCCCAAGAUCCGUACGGUGGAGUACAACCUGCCUGUAGUGCCUCGCCGACCAGCUGGCUACUACACCUAUGUAGAGAAGACCCCGGAGGAGCUGGAUGAGGAGGUAGAGUAUGACAUGGAUGAGGAAGACUAUGCCUGGCUGGAUUUGAUCAACGAGAAGAGACGCUGUGAGGGUUUCAGUCCAGUGUCGCACAACGUCUUUGAGUUCCUCAUGGACCGCCUAGAGAAGGAGUCGUUCCUGGAGAACCAGGGCCAUGGGGAACCACAGUCACUGAUAGACGAGGAUGCCGUGUGCUGUAUCUGCAUGGACGGCGAGUGCCAGAACAGCAACGUCAUCCUCUUCUGUGACAUGUGCAACAUGGCCGUGCACCAGGAGUGCUACGGCGUGCCCUACGUACCCGAGGGCCAGUGGCUGUGUCGCCUCUGCCUGCAGUCGCCCUCGCAGCCCGUCGAUUGCAUCCUGUGCCCCAACAAGGGCGGCGCCCUCAAAAAGACUGAGGACGACCGCUGGGGUCAUGUGGUCUGUGCCCUGUGGGUGCCCGAAGUGGGCUUCGCCAACACGGUCUUCAUCGAACCCAUCGACGGCGUGAAGAACAUCCCUCCCGCCCGCUGGAAGCUCACCUGCUACCUCUGCAAGGAGAAGGGUGUGGGGGCCUGUAUACAAUGCCAUCGGGCAAACUGCUACACCGCCUUCCAUGUCAGCUGUGCGCAGAAGGCCGGCCUCUACAUGAAGAUGGAGCCCAUCAAAGAGAUGACUGAUUCAGGCACGCCGACGUUCUCGGUGAAGAAGACAGCCUACUGUGGCUCCCAUACGCCCCCCGGCUGUGUCCGGAGGCCCCUCACCAUUUACGAAGAUGCCAAAGACCGGAGCCAAAGAGGGGACCGGGCCAGUGGGAGGUCGCGGUCGAAAGGUAGCCACAAGAAGAAGAACAAGAAGGAGGAGUGUGAGCCGCUGGCAGCAGUACCAGCAAUUUCUGUGCCUAGCAUCCCCCCUCAGAGGUUGAACACAAUCCUUAAUCAGGUCUCUGUCCAGAAGAAGAAGGUUGUCAUGGAGCUGGUUCUGAACUACUGGGUGCUGAAGAGGCAGUCCAGGAAUGGCCUGCCUCUGCUCAGGAGGCUCCAGUCCGGCAUGCAGUCCCAGAGGACCGUGCAGCCGAAGGAGAGCGAGGAGGAGAGCCGGGCGCUGAAGGAGCAGUUGAAGGAGUGGCACCGCCUGCGCCAUGACCUGGAGCGGGCCCGGCUGCUGCUAGAACUGAUCCGGAAGCGGGAGAAGCUCAAGCGAGAGGAGGUGAAGCUGCAGCAGUCCAUUUUGGAGGUCCAGCUCACUCCAUUCACCAUUUUGCUACGUUCCAUAUUGGACCAACUUCAGCAGAAGGACCAAGCCAAGAUCUUUGCCCAUCCUGUUAACCUAAAAGAGGUACCGGACUAUUUGGACCACAUCAAGCACCCGAUGGACUUUUCCACCAUGAGGAAGAGGGUUGAGGCUCAGGGCUAUAGGAAUCUGGAUGAGUUUGAGGACGACUUCAACCUCAUUGUGUCCAACUGCAUGAAAUACAAUUCCAAGGACACCUUCUUCUACCGGGCAGCGCUGCGUCUCCGGGACCAAGGCGGGGUCGUGCUUAGGAAGGCACUGCGGCACGCAGAAAGCAUCGGGUUCGACUAUGAUAGCGGGAUGCACCUUACAGAACCUCCCAAGCUGGAGCCGCCACUGCCUUUCUCCUGGGAAGAUGUUGACAGGCUGCUGAACCCGGCCAGUCGGCAGCACAUGUCCCUGGAGCAGCAGCUGAAGGAGCUGCUGGAGAAGCUGGACCUUACAUGUACCAUGAAGUCGAGCCCCUCGCGCAGCAAGCGGCUGAAGCUACUGAAGAAGGUCAUCGGCGACGUGCGGCACGAGAUGAGCCUUCGUGCUGAUGCCCUCCCGUGCAUCGCAGAGCCGGCGUCCGGGGGCCAGGGAGUGGAGGAGGACGGGGACAAGUCUUUACCACCUAAGCUGGAGCCGUCCGACCUGCUGCCACCCCAGAACUUGGAUGGGGACUCAGAGCCGCCCACCCUUAAGCCCGUUCACCCCAACCCCGAGGGCCGGUGCAGUCGCCGCGUGAAGUUCGACAGCCAACAGGACUGCGUGCCUGGGGGCAGGGAGGUGUCCAACGGGCCGACCCUAGACCCUCCGGCGCUCUCUCCUGACGGCGACGUGUCCGCUGCGUCCAUGCCGGCCGAGCCCUCUGGCAACGUCAACCGCCGCACCUCGGUGCUCUUCCGGAAGUCGAAGAGCAUGAGCCCCCAGAAGCUGGUGAAAGCGGGUGAGAGCCCCACCAGCGGCCCCCAGUUGGGCACCAAAACCUUCCUCUCUGUGGUCCUUCCCCGGCUGGAGACACUGCUGCACCCCAGGAAGAGGUCACGCAGCGCCAGUGGGGAGAGCGAGCCCGAGGAGGAGUCCCCGGUCAAGCGCCUGGACACUGGACUGUCCAAUGGCUUUGUCGUGGGGCAAGACGAGGAGUCCAGUCCCAGCGGGCAGGCAGAGCCGCGACGGAGGUGUGCCUCCGAGUCCAGCAUCUCUUCCAGCGGCAGCCUCCUGUGCAACACCAGUUUCAGUCUCCCGAAGUGUGGCAAAGGGAAGCCCGCACUCGUGCGGAGGAACCCCAUCGACGACAAGAGCGAGCUCAUCGCCUGCAUCGAGACGGGCAACUUCGCCAAGGCCGCCCGGCUCGCUGCUGAAGUGGGUAACAGCAGCAUCUGGAUGCCGGCUAACGCCUCCACCGUCAUGCUCGAGCCGCUAAAGCUCGUCUGGGCGAAGUGCAGUGGCUAUCCCUCCUACCCAGCCCUGAUAAUAGACCCUAAGAUGCCACGGGUGGGCUGUCACCACAAUGGCGUCUCCAUCCCCAUGCCCCCCAUGGAUGUACUCAGGAUCGGCGAGCAGAUGCAGUACAAAUCGGGCGAGAAGCUCUUCCUAGUGCUCUUCUUCGACAACAAGCGCAGCUGGCAAUGGCUUCCUAAAUCAAAGAUGGUUCCCCUGGGAAUCGACAAAACCAUCGACAAGAUAAAGAUGAUGGAGGGCCGUACUUCCAGCAUCCGCAAGGCCGUGCAGACAGCAUUCAAGCGCGCCAUGAAUCACCUGAGCCGCGUGCAGGACGAGCCGGUCAGUGAUCUCAGCGACAUCGACUGAGCCCCCCCCAACCCUGGAUGUACCCAGUGUUACCCCCAGCAGAGGCCUGACCUGUCACUCUGCCCUAUGGUCCGUGCCCGUUGCCCCCUCGUCCCGCCUUUUCUGCGCUGAGGUCAUCCCGAUUUUCCAUCUCCAUUCACGGUCUGCCUCCUCACUGUCGCUGUACAAUUGGCCCCUUUUUUGGUUAUUCACUCCAACUGGUAAAUAAGUUUGUAUUUAAUAAACUUUGUAAAUAUUUGUACAUUUUCCCGACACUAACUUAUUCUGUAGAUUUUAAACUGGUACUGUACAUUAUUUUUUAUUAAUAUUUAUACUGAUUUAUGUUAGCACAAUGGUGUGUCUCUUAAUGGUGCUAUAAACUAAAGUAAAAAUGAGAUUCAUAUAGGGCUAAGAUACUGUUCCUAAAGGGUUUCAACUCAUUUUUUCAGUUCAUUCUCAGUUAAGUUAUUGAAGUUUACUACAUGAACUUCUUGGCAUAAAAGUUUUAUUUUUUUUAAGCAGAAUGUUUUUCGAAAAAUGCCAGUAUGUUUCGCUUGUAUAUAUUUAUAUAAAUAUAUAUCUGUAUACUUCAGAUGAUUCAUGGGAAAUCGGUGGUAUCUAUGGAAACCGCAAGUGCGUCGUUCUCACGAAACCAAAAAUGCUGCCCGGCCUUGCCUCUUUCCCUCCGUCUUUCCCCUCGUGUUUUUUGUUACCGUGUUGUGUAAAAGGCAUCGCUCUGAAAUGUACCUUUCUGUUCCUUUACGUGGUGGUUCGGACUGUCGUGGAACCAUGCGGUGACAGCGUAUCAGGUGUUCCACUGUGCGUCGGCACCUGCCGCGUGUCACGCCCGUGAUGGGCAGGGAAGCGAAUGCUGAAACGGCAGCACGUGUGGAGAGAUCCUCCUUUGUUCAUUUCAUGUCAGUGGGCUGUGUGUGUUUCUGUCCCUUUAACGGUUGAGCUGUGAUUACUUGUGUUUGUUCAUUCAGUAGGGACCUGGGUAGCAGUGGGAGAUGUUUUGGAGAGUUCUCCAAUGGUAUGUAACGUACAUAGACUUGGUACUUUUUUAUUUUCUUUUUUGUUUUUGUUGAAAAACCACAUUAGAUACUGGAGUCGGCCCUGGAAUGGCCAAGAGAUUCAUUUUUUUAUGAAUAUGCUGAUAAUAAAAAAAGAUGUGGAUUUGAAUCACUAACAAUAUCUCCUUGCCAUAUCAAUUUUUAGUGAAUUUUUGGUUAAAAUGUCUCUGGUAUGUUACACUGAAAAUAUAAUUGAACCACUAUAUAUUGAUUUAACAGUGAUACAAAUGUCAAAAGUGCACAUCACAUUUUAUAAUCGACAGGUAAAUAGAGAUGUUGGUAUGUGGAACAAAUUAUCUUGGACGUUUUCGCUUCUGAACACAUGCCGUUUUCGGCCACACGGGGGCACUGUGAACCCGACCAAAAGACGUGAAGCUUCCCGCGCUGGAUUCUGCGAGUACCACUGGAUUUCCUCCUCGAGAUGGUUUCCUCAUUUCUGUUCAUUUGGCGCUCUGAGCUGCUGGGCCAUGAUGCCUUGGUUUCCUCACACACACCUUGGUGUCCACGAAAAUCCCCAAGCGGCGAAGGAAAAAGAUGCGCGCAUUUGAUACUGUGCCAAGGAUGCAGCCAAGAUCAUUCCAGGACGUGGUCACCGUCAUCAGUCACAAUCUACUGUUAAUGCCACUCUACGGUUUUCUUUCUAAAGGUGGGAUACCUUUUGGAGAGUGUAGUGAAUAAAUCCACAGGGUUACUAACUUUG